UCAGGGCUGGCACCCCUUCACGACCUUGUUCAAGGGAGUGCCAUUGACGUGGAAACCUGUAUAGACAUCCUGCUGGAGAGCGGCGCAGACGUUAAUCAAACAACGACUAUAGGGGGCGACACCUGUCUGCAUUUAGCGGCGAGAAAUAAAUCAAAAGAUCGAGCGGUUGAUAUCUUUGUCAAACUGCUCAGCUCGGGCGCAGAUCCUGAAAUACGAAACAAGAAACUACGGUCCCCCUACGACGAAGCCGUGGAAAAGGGACUUGUGGAUAUUUGUGCUGUGUUGGACGGGACUGUCUCCAUCGGCGAAGCCAUAGAGAAGACUGAACAGAAACGCCGUGAUGAAUUAGGGGAACGCUUGGUAAGAGCCGUGAUUUCUGGCACGGAGGAAGAAAUACGAAGAGCUGUGGCACAUGGAGGAACUUAUUUGAAUUACAUCAACAAGCACGGCGCCGGUGCAAUACAUUACGUCAUUACCCAUUGUAAAUUGGACCAAAUGAAGAUGCUGGAGUUGUUGGUGGAGACAGGGGCAGAGGUCAACCUCCUGGAUUAUGAGUGUGACUCGGCAUUAAAUCUCUGUAUCAAGAUGGCACACCUUAGGGAGGGUGGCGCCAUGAAGGAGCUGGUAGCUUAUCUCCUCUCAGUGGGAGCCGACAAGACGGUCCAGGACCUGGACGGCAAAGACGCCAUGAUGUUGGCUGAAGAAAGGCAAUACGAUGACAUUAUCGAAUUACUACGGAUGGAUGCGGUAGAAAGAUUGGAGCCGGUUACAGAGGUUGACGAACCGACUGAAAGUACUGCUGAAGAAGCCGAGAGUUACGGCCUUGAUCAGAUCCUCGAAGCCAUUAUCUCACCCGAGUUUGCAGACGACAGACCUGGGCGGAUAGAAUGGCUGGUGAACAAUGGUGCCCCCGUUAAUAGCAAGACAGAGAAGGAGGGGGACACAGCCUUGCAUCUAGCAGCCUUCAACGACCUACCAGAUGUUGUUGAAAAGCUAUUGGAACUGGGAGCUGAUUCCAGUUUGAAGAAUUUGGACGGCAAAAUGCCAUACGACAUCGCUAUUGAAUUUGAGUACCUGAAGGUGGCAGAUAUUCUGGAGAAGAACAUGAGGAGUAAAAACAUUCAGGCCAAAUGGAGAAAUGCGGCGAAAAAGGCCACUUCGUGCGGAAUUCUAUAAUAAAAGUAUAAUAUUUGGUGUGUAAUAUAUGUCCACCAGGUUACGAAAUUAAGGCGGUUACAGGUAUUAACUAAAGACAGGCGUUUUAUUUCACAAAAUGAGAAAAUGUUUCACAAAGUUUUUGGUCGUAGUUAAACUUGCUGAUGUCAGACAGCCGACUACUAGACAUAAACUGCUGGAUGAGAAAACAGAAAAAACUUAAACCACGAUAAAUGAAGUAUACGUACCUAAAUGAGCAAUAGUCAUCAGUGAGAGAAAUAAAGUCAUUCAGAGACAAAAAUAAGUGGGCGAGCAGCCUUCUUGAUGCUUUGUGAAACGCAACCUGGUCGUCUGAGAGCAGUAUUUAGCAGUCUGAACGUAGAACGAUUUUUGAUUGAACUCACUUUGUGAAGCUGUCCUUGGGUCCACCAAGGCUAUCGAAUGAACAUUAGAAGGCCAAAAUUGCUGAGGUAAAUAGGAAUCCCUUUGAAAUCUGGGCGUCUAAUCAGGCAAUUGAGACCGAUUUUUGACUUGAAAUAUUCUAAGUGUGAACAGAACAAGCUUUAGUUUAUCACACGGAAGUCAGAGAUUUUGGAUUGUUGCCAAGAAUUAUUAUUAUUAUCAUUACAAAAACGUGUGCAUAAUAUGCCAAACAACUGUGAUACCCAUUUUUAAAACGAUUGAAAAUAGUUAUAUGUUUAACCACUUUUUAUACAAAUUAUACCAAAUUGUAUUGGAAUAAAU